CUUUCGAUCUGCUCCUGAUGGGCCGGUCGUCCGCUGGCCACGGCUUUAGCCAUCAAAAUCAGAGGGUCGCAUGUCGAUCUCUCGGCAUCGUGCUCUCCUGCGCCCUCCGCCGUCUCUUCUGCGCUACGCCCUGGACGAAGCGCGGCGGCUGCGACGCCGCGCCGCGGUGCGUGCGGAGAGCGAAGUACGCCACGGUGACCCAAGAGGGACAGGAGUUGGAAGAGCUGCUGCGGAGGGCUUCGGAGGUCUCCGAGAGGCAGUUCUUCGACAGCUACCAGGCCGUUCUGGCGAAGGGUCGCGAUGGCCCCGUGCUGGGCUUGAGAAGCUGGCUGAGAGAACUGAACCUGGAGGACUACACACAUCAGGCCAUGAUGUGGGCCGAGGAGAUGGGUGCCUGCGAUCUAGACGAAGUGUUGGAGAACCUGGAGGAUUUCUCAGAGCACCUUGGCCUGGAGCGCGCUGAGUUCCUGGAGCGCGCCGCUGCGGCCAGCGCGGCCAGCGCGGCCAGCGCGGCAGGAGCUGCCGAUGCUUCGCGGCCGAUGAACGGCACUGAGAGAGAGGAUUUGCUCCACUUCUGGUCCCUCCACUGGCGCCGUCCCCAGACCUUCGCUACCUUCGACCGCCGCGCCGCGGUGACGGCGGCGCCGUUGCAGCGCGAGGAGGAGGCCGAACCUGUUUCAGAACCUCUUUCAGGACAGCUCUUCGCAGAGAUGCGCGCGCGGCAAGAGGGAGAUCUGCAGUAUUUGAUGGUGAUGCGGCAGCAAGCGGAAUGGAAUCUGCCGGAGCUGCCAUCCUUGGACGGGAACAAGACCUGGACCUUCUGCGGCGGCGCCGAGGAAUGGCUCCGCGUCUCCGGCGCCGACACGACGGCGCCGGUGCCGCUGGCGCCGCUGCCGCGGCCGCGGCGGAGGGCCAUGGAGGCGGCGGUGCUGGGCGGAGGACGACGGGGGGCCAGGUUCCUCCAGACCUACGUGGCCCUGGAGAGGUUGCAUCCGUCCGACCUGCGAGGCGAGUUCCCCGUGGAUGCUGUGAACCGCUCCAAGCAGCUGUGCCUCCAAGUGGCGCGGGACUUACAUGGCGCCGGUGGCCUACCCGACUGGAAUCGCUCCUGGGAGGAUGCGCCCGUUCCGCUAGGAAUCACCGCUGAAUCCUUGGAGAACAAGUCGGAAGUGGUGCAAGGACUCCGCAGAUACUACGAAGUCAUGGACAACACCAGGAUCGGACAAGCAGACAAGUACUUCGGACAUGUGCUCUUUGGUUUGCUGCUGAGCCGCUUGUGGAAGCGCUUCGACCUGCUGCGGGGCAGCAAUCUGCUGAGCCUCGACGACUUGGCCUCGCAGCGUGCCCUGCUGGAGGCGCAGCUCAGCGGUGAGGAGGAGAGGCUGGAGGAGAGGCUCUUUGAAGCCUUCGUGACACGCAGCUUGGAGGAAGGCGGCCGUUGGCUCUCGCUGACCACCGCCGCGUCCUUGGCGCUGCGGCGGCACACGGACUUCGUCUUCGGCGCGGGGCUGCGCGAGGAGAUCUUUGUGCCGCUGAGCCGGGCGGCACGGGAAGGCUUUCGUCAGGGCUUACGCGCCGUGGGCCCCGGCCUUUGCGCCGAUGUGCUGCUGAAGGCCGCCCAGAAGCAACAGCUGCGGAUGUUGUCGUUGAGCGACGGAAGCAGGGAACGCUUGAUGUGGCAUGGCCUGGUGUUUGGGUCAUUGCUGGGGCAGCAUGAACUGUGUUCCGAUGCCGUUUCGCCAAAAGAUACCCUCUGGUAAACUAACAUAGC